CGAAAAUUAAAUCAGACGUUAGAGCCAUUCAGAGAUCUCUCUUGCGCUUGUUUGAGUUUCAUUCCGUUCGUAGCCUGGUUGGCUGGACGCCGUUUUUAAGAUGGGAGACAUAGCAGAGAUGCAUAUAACACCCGAGACUCCUGGAAGACCUGCUAUCCUGAACCCGUUUGAGAGCCCAAACGACUACCACCGUCUGCAUGAGCCUCUGGUGCCCAGCCCGUCGGUGUUCAAGAGCUCCAGGAGCUCAUCAGCGACACCAGCCAAGUUCAAAUGGUCCAUUGAUGAAAUGGCAAAUUUACUUCCUGUGGAAAUAGACCCAGAGGACAUUCACCGCCAGGCUGUGUUUCUGAGCCAAGCCAGUGGCAUUUGUCUUGAAAAAGUUCUGGGUGAUUACUACAGGACAGAAGAGUUAACCGAGCAGGUGCAGGAGAGCCUCAGCUCCUCUUCAUUGCGGCGGAAGUUGUUUCUUGAUGGCCAUGACAGCGGCUCUGAGUCCUCUACCCCUUCCAGCCCAGACAGAUAUUCCCAUAACGUCCUGCCCAGCAGUCGAGAGAUGAUGUCUUCUGUUAUUGUCUCUCCACUUCAGUGUGGCAUUCCAACUGGGACGCCCUUGACUGGCCAGUUUUCAUCCAGUCCCAUCCAAGGCCAGUGUCGAGCAUACAGUCUGGGCAGUGUCGGAAGUCCCAUGUUUUCAGAGAGAUUGUCGCCUGUUUUCAAGUCUCCUAUUCUGUCGCCCAUCAGACUUCAGCAUUCUGUGACGCCUGUAUCAGGUGAGAGGAAAAGGCUGUCGUUUCUGUCCCCCGAUGGCAUUCCCAUGGGCAGCUCAGACAUGGACCUGAACCGAUGUGGAGAAAGCCCAUUGGUGGAGGGUUGUUCCCCUAUUCGAAGCUGCUCUCUCUUUCAGUCCCAACCCAGAAACAGAGCCUGUAUGUGGGCCUCUCCUACUCAAAUUUCCCUUAUCCUCCACCCAACCCUCCAGGACAAGGAGAACUUCCAUCCCAAUGAACCUUUACCCACCAUGGACCUGGACGCUAACUCAACAGGACCUCAUGCCCAGCGAGAAGGACACCAAUCUGGGGGGAGUGAGUCAGAGGCCUCCGUGGCUGUUUCUGAGCAAAUGGAUCAAGACGAGCAGUUCGUAAAGGACACUGGAGGAAAUAAUGAGACUGACAGAACGGAAAAUGAGGAUGAGGUCAUCAGCAGGAGCAGAGAGGAAUCCUGUGGUUGGGUUCCUGAAGAGGACACUGCGUCGCCAGUUAGACUGUCCAGCUCUCGAACAGGCAGUGUGCCUGACGCUGAGAGUACACACAUGUUCGUAUCCCUGCUAGCGGAAGGAAGCAUUACACCAUACGACAUUAGCAUGCAGGUGGAUAGCGGUUAUAACACUCACUCAGUGUGCACUACCAGCUUAAUGGACACCCUCAGUUCAGACAGCCAGAGUAAGGACAUGCUGGACACACACACUGCUGAAGAAGGUGUACCUUUCACUAGACACACUAAACCAAAGUUGUUCAUCCUACCGCACUGAGCAUGAGGGACAGAACAUGCACUUUAAACACUCUUACCCCCAAAGCUGUGGAGGAAACGCACGGCACAUUUACACAUCAAGCUGUAUGGUGCUCAUAUGAAUUCUGAAUACUGUGGUUGGUUUUACUGUCUGAGCCUUGUGAAAGUUUUUGUACGGACUAAUCUACAGUAUUAUUUAUUCUUGCUCCAAAAGUUAAAUGACUUUGGGACUGAGAAAACUUGAAUUAGAUUUAAGAUUAUGUAUAGGUUUUACUGCUUGUGAAAGGUUGCUUUCAAUUACUUGUGAUUUGUUAAAAGAGGGUGGCAAGUAUGUAACCAUUUCCUCAAGCUGUUUUUAUAGGGCCUUUGGUUUUUUUAGUCUUAAAAUUAUUUAUGAAUUAAUCAAUCACUAACAAACAUAUGGAGAUACCAAAAGGUAUACAUAUUAUGGUGACGUGUGUAUCUGAAUUGUAAAAAAAAAAAAAUGUCUGGAUUAAAAUUGUGUCCUGUG